AUGUCGGGUGUACACGUGGAGUUUGGUGCCCACAGCAUCUCUGCCUACGUGGAGGCCACGGGGCUGCCCAACCUGCUGCCCCCCAUCGUGGUGGACGUCUCGCAGGGCUGGGAGACGUGGGGGGGCACCCAGCCCGCCUCCCUCGACCUCCUUGUCAGCAUCAACAUGAUGCACAUCGCGGAGCUGCGCUGCACCCAGGGCCUGUUCAAGGGUGCUGGGGUGCUGCUGAAGCCUGGAGGAGUGCUCUUCACCUAUGGGCCCUACGCCGUGGACGGACGGAUCAGCCCCCAGAGCAACGUGGACUUUGACCGCAGCCUGAGGCAGAGGAAUCCCGCCUGGGGCCUGCGGGACACGGCGCUGCUGCGGGAACUGGCCGAGGCCAACGGGCUGCGCCUGGAGAGGAUGGUGGACAUGCCGGCCAACAACAAGAGCCUCAUCUUCCGCAAGCUGUAACUGCCCCGACCUCCAGCACCUCCUGGCACUGCCCCCGCUGCUGCCUCCUCGAGGGGUCCCAACGUCCCCCCACAGGUGCCAUCUGGGGACAGCAGUGAUGGGUCAGUGCCACGCCCCAGCUGGGGCUGGCCUGGCUGGGGGUCCAUCUCCCCCAGUGCCUUCUCCCUUUGCAGCAGAGUGCCACAGCCUGGACCAGAGGAGGACAGGCAUGGGGGGCACAGGUGUGGGAGCGGGGGCACAGCACCCCUGGGUAUGGGGGAGACUUCUUGCUCAGUUUGCUCCUAGGAUGCUGUGCUAAUGGCAGGGGGCCCAUCAUCCUUCCCCCUUUCCCAGGACUGUGCUGUUCCCCCCAAUAAACUUUGUGGCUUUGGCUCCCCCCUGA